AAAAGACAAAGCAGAGGAACCGAACUUUAAGCAAGCUUCCACCGAGAAAGGAUCCCUCCGACGACAAACCAGAGCACCUGCGACACCUUGAGACCAGAACGAGAAAAUGGGUUUCUUCUCUUUUCUUGGAAGAGUUCUCUUCGCUUCGUUAUUCAUCCUCUCCGCUUGGCAAAUGUUCAAUGACUUUGGAACUGACGGUGGUCCAGCAGCCAUAGAGUUAGCUCCAAAGCUUGAUCUGACCAAAGCACAUCUCUCUUCCAUAUUUGGAGUAGCAUUGCCCAACUUAGAGGUGAAACAAGUCGUGUGGACUAUUGUUGCUCUGAAAGGACUCGGAGGCUUACUCUUUGUUAUCGGCAACAUCUUCGGUGCCCAUCUUCUGGCUGUCUACUUGGUGGUUGUCAGUCCCAUUUUAUAUGAUUUCUACAACUACGGACCCGAGGACCGCCAAUUCUCUCUUCUAUUGACUGAAUUCUUACAGAGUGUUGCACUUCUCGGGGCUUUGCUAUUUUUUAUCGGAAUGAAGAAUUCGACAACGACCUCCAAGAGGAUUCUGAAGAAGAGGACUCCCAAGCCUAAAGCUGCUUAGAGUUCUUCUAAUUUCUUCCACACACAAAGUCAGGCUUUAGAAGAGCUUCUGAUGUCACCAAGCACUACCUUUAUUUUUCUUCCUCACGACUUUUGGUUCCUUAUCUAUUGUAGGAUUCUAGAAUUAGCCACAUUUUGUAUUUUAUCAAUUAGUUUUUAUUUAAUUUUGGGAUUUAAGAGUUUUCUUUUGUUGAAUCAUACAAUUCUUUUCAGUGAUUUUUUAAAUUGGGUCGAGAA